AGAGGGCCAGUAUAGAUUUGGGGACUCUCAGAAGCUGCGACUGGUGAGGAUCCUGCGCAGUACAGUGAUGGUGAGAGUUGGUGGAGGCUGGGAACCACUCGAGGAGUUCCUCAGGAAACACGACCCCUGUAGAGCCACACGUCGUACCAAUGCAUCUCUGAGAGGUAUGGGCGUGGGGUUGACGACAGCCUCCUUUGCUACCAAGACCCAGACCGCCAUCUCCCACAAGAACUCUGAGCUACGAGGAGGAGGAGGAGGAGGAGAGGGGGACGCCACACUGACAGUGACAGAGCUGCCCAGUGGGAGAAAGACGGCCACGCUGCCGACCAAACGCAGCAGCAGCACCACAAUUAUGAGACCGGGGGCUACUGGUACCUGGAGUGGGAGAGGCUCGCGAGAAUCAACUCCAACAAGAUCCCCAGGACUGUCAGUGCAAGCUACCAGGGCAGAGCCUCUGAGACACACUCUGGUAAGACAAGGCUCCCCGAAGACAACGAGGACAGGAGGGCAGGCGAGGAGCAGGACCCCCAGUAGAGGUCUCUCUCCCCCCACUGGCAACGGACACAAGACUCCCACCUCUGCGCCCACAACACCGAGUCACAUUCCCAAGCCAGCGAGAAGACCAAUCUCACCCUCGUCCUCGGCCCAUACUGCCACGGGAGUGGGACCCAGACCCAGUGGAAUCCCCACUCCCUCCAGGUCCAAGGUGGCAAAGAACAGUCCCAGACACAAGUAGCCUCUGUGUCCACCAGUUUUAUUCCCAUCUCUCUAGACUAUUUUUGUUGAUUGGUGUGUAAUACUAAUAAUUGAUUGAUUACAAGUAGCCUCGAGUCAGAGGUCACAAAUUUGCAUUUUAAAAACUCUUUCAGAGGUUCGUCUGCCAUUCCUAUGCGUAUAAAUAACUUUGUCAUCCUUAC